AUUAGGUUGCUCUCUAUAUCGGUGAUUGUAGAAAUUUUACAACAAGUCCGUAUCCUCGGGCUGCAUGAACUAGUUGCUCAGCUUGUGAUGAGCAACAUUAUCGAAAUCUAAUUACACAUACCAAUACGAGAUGUAUAUUUUUCGACAUGAAUUAAUCAUGUACUGUUUGCUUGCUUCAACCAUUCAGUCACUUAUUUUAGGCUGCAUUCAAUUUUACAGCUGUCUUUACUGGUAUUGUUCAUAUUUUACUUUAAUCUGCCUGCUUACUCUAUUUUUAAUCGUGUUGCUGCCUAAAUUAGAUAAUACAUGUUUGGCUUGCAACAUGGAUUUUUGCGCUGUAAUUUUUUCAAAUAUAUCUGAAUCUGUAUCAUUACAUAUUUGCCAUAUAAACCUAACUUAGGAAAUGGCUGCUAUUAUUUUUUGGCAACCACGAACAAGAAAUUUUUUAAAGGCUUUUACAAUUGAGGUGA